CAACUUGACAUUGUUUUAGUAUUUUGGUUUGUGUACUAAUAACUCUAUUGACUUUUCUUCAUUCUAUAACCAUCCCUUCACAACUGUUAACCUUUUCGUCUGUUUUUGCCUUUAGAUGGAUUGAAAAGUUGGGAUUUCAAGCUUUUUAAUUCGACUUUCUUUUAAGAGCAGGUGGUUGUGAAAGUCGAGGCUGAGUAUGCCAUCUGUAGGAGUUCAUUAUGUGCCAGAAUGAUUUUUUGUUCGAAAUCUUCCAAGGAAGACAACUUUUGAUCCAACUUUUCUUGGGAUUCUGCAAUUCUUUGAAACACCGGCCAUUUGCAGCUUUGCUAGUUUAAAGUGACCUUGCCAGCAUAAGCAACAACUGGUAUUAAUGGAAUUUUUCUUCCUCCUAUCUGUUAUUUUUUGUGUUAUUCUCUUUGUCUAUCUGUCUCUCAGCUAUCUCAUUAGCGGACAUACACCCCGAAGAGCCAAUGAGAACAUCUCCAGUGAAAAUUUUCCUCUCCCACCGGGAAGAACAGGUUGGCCUCUGAUAGGUGAAAGUUUGGAUUAUUUUCUCAAGCUGAGAAAUUGUAUUCCUGAAAAGUUUGUGGCGGAUAGGAGGGACCGAUACUCCACUAAAGUCUUCAAGACAUCGUUGUUGGGAGAGCCCAUGGCGAUCUUCUGUGGUGUUGAGGGCAACAAAUUCCUCUUCUCUAGUGAAACCAAGCUAGUCCAACUAUGGUGGCCGAAAGCCAUCAGCAAAAUAUUCCCCAAGUCCAGUGCUGAUUACAUGAAGGAGGACUCCACAAAAGUGCGCAAAAUUCUCCAACCUUUCCUCAAAGCAGACGCGCUUCAAAAACACGUUGGCGUGAUGGAUAUGCUAAUGAAACAACAUUUGGACAUGGAUUGGAAUUGCAGAGAAGUUAAAGUUUCGCCUGCUGUUACCAAGUACACGUUCAUGUUGGCGUGUCGAUUGUUUUUGAGCAUCGAAGAUCUUGAAAGAGUCGAAGAACUUGGCAAGUCUUUCGGGUACAUAACAGCUGGGAUUGUGUCAAUGGCAAUUAAUGUACCAGGGACAGCUUUUAACCGGGCCAUAAAAGCAUCAAAGAUCAUGCGGAGAGAGCUUGAAGCGAUGAUUCAGCAAAGGAAAAUCGAUCUGACAGAGAAUAGAUCAUUGGCAGCACAAGAUUUGUUGUCACACAUGCUCUUAGCGAACGACGAGAACGAUCGGUUCAUGACUGAAUUUGACAUUGCCAGUCAUAUUGUAGGCUUGCUACAUGCUGCUACUCACACACUCAAUGUUGCACUUACAUUCAUUGUGAUGUAUCUUGCAGAGCUUCCGGAUGUGUACAAUGAAGUCCUAAGAGAGCAAAUGGGUAUAGCAGAGUCAAAAGAACCAGAAGAUUUAUUGAAUUGGAAAGACAUAAAGAAGAUGAAGUACUCAUGGAAUGUUGCGAAUGAAGUACUCAGGUUAAGGCCGCCAUCGUUUGGAACAUUCAGAGAGGCCAUAACUGACUUCACCUAUGCUGGAUAUAUGAUUCCAAAAGGAUGGAAGUUACAUUUGAUUGCUCAAACAACACACAAAAACCCGGAGUACUUUCCAAAUCCAGAGACAUUUGACCCGUCAAGGUUUGAAGGAAAUGGACCGCCUCCUUUUACUUUUGUUCCGUUUGGAGGGGGACCCCGGAUGUGUCCUGGAAACGAGUAUGCGCGAUUAGUGAUGCUUGUUUUCAUGCAUAAUAUGGUGACCAAGUUCAGGUGGAAGAAAGUGAUUCCUAAUGAGAAAGUUGUGAUCGAUCCACUUCCAAGGCCGACUCAAGGGCUUCCAGUUCACCUCCAUCCUCACAAGCCAUGACUUGACUUCAGUUAGGCUUCUUUUUUCGGUUGUGUUUGUUUCCAAUUAUGGUCUUUGUUAGCUUUUUUCCGGGAAUAAAUAAAUAAAGUUUGCAAGCUAUAAAAACAGUUAAUGUUGAAGGCAAAUAAUGGACUCUCUUGCAAUUCCAGAAUAAUUUA